UGUGUGCCUGUGUGCAUUAAAGAGACAGGGGUUUAUUUCCAACAGGUCUUCCCGAAUUUCCAGGGAACGUUUGCAGAAAGGCGAGAGGGGGCAGUGAGCUUCCGGGUGUGCGCCUUGGCCGGGGCACCUGGGGAGCGCGGCGCUGACCCGGGGCGGUCAUCUCACCACCUUGGCCUCCUGGCUACUCCUGCGAGCGUAUCGCGCGCUUUCCAUUCCCCAUUUUCUCUUUCCCCGGGUAACAGCACAGGAACAGUUGUGCUUUGCCCGUAAGAAACAUUUUUCUUUACACCCCUCUGUGCUUUUGCAGUUGCUUUGGAGUGGGAGGGGGUGUGUCCCUUCCUGGGAUUUGGCUCGGGGACCUCCCACGGCACCAGGAGCACGUUCCCAGGGACUGGGACUCCCGGGACUGCCCGCGCUUUGUCCUCCGACCCUCAGCAGCUCCGAGAGGUGGACGCUACGGCGCCUCCCUCGCCCCGGCCCCCGGCGCUCCCCUCCCGGGGCUGGAACGGGCUCCGACUCUGGCUCUUCGUUCUUUAUUCCUUGGCCUCUCUUUCUGCGACCCUUGGGAGCCGGGGAUUCGGUGCUUCCAGUUGCAUUCAGACCCAGCUGCUUAUCGGGGCGCCCUGAUCCCCUGUCUCUGGCUCGGCCUUGAGGGCGCCCUCCUGGCCCUCGGGCCCGGGCCUGCUACGCUUUCCUCCCCAGCCUCCUUCCAGGCCACCUGGGUUCCAGGAGGCCCGGGCAUUGCCCUUCCGGACCCGAAACCCUCCAAACUUGGGCUAGAUUCGGUUUCGCCGCGCGCUCCCUCCCACCUCCCCAUGCCCACUGAGGAGCUGUAACUUGGAGGCUCAGCUCUCAACUUCGGGUGAUUUUUCUUUGCUAUCCUCUCCUCGGGCAAAGUUUCCUGAGCGCUGCCGCGGGCUCGGGUCUUUCAGUUCGGUCCCUGGCGUCUGCACGCGGGGAGCGAGCGCGGCGGCCGCAGGGAGGGGAAGUGGGUGUGCGCACAGAGGAGGGUGUCCGGGAGCAACUCUACCUGGCUUCCCUCCGCCCGCGCUUCCCCAACCCCGGACUGCAGGCUCUUGCAGCACUCUAGCUUUUUUUUCUUAAAUAAUCUUUCAUUUUAGGGUCCGCGUGUCGGGGGGGGAGCAGGGCGCACGUCUUGCUCCCCCCCCGCCCUCUCCUUUCACCCCCGCGGCCCUUUUCUUCUCUCCCGGCCACACCACCGCCGCGGCGCUCGCUGCGGCCACUGGUGAGCCAGCGGCCCCAGCGCCCCCUCCCCUCCGCCCGCCCCUCCCCUGGGGGCAGCGUCUGGCGUCCGCGGAGCCCCCCGCCCGCACCUCCCCCGCCCCGCACUGGCCAUUGGCUUGUCCUGGUCUCUUUUUCAUGUCCAGCCCCUGAUGUGUGUCCAUUGGUGUGAGCUUCCCCUUCCCUCCUCCCCUUCUCUCCUGCUCGCCCUGCCCAUGUUUUGUGUGUCUCUGUCCAUCCAGACUCCUGACGUUCAAGUUCGCAGGGACGUCACGUCCGCACUUGAACUUGCAGCUCAGGGGGGCUUUUGCCAUUUUUUUCAUCUCUCUCUCUCUCUCUCUCCCUCUAUCUCUCCUCUCUCUCUCUCUUUUUUUUUUGCUAAAAAAAAAAAAAGCCAUGACGGCUCUCCCACAAUUCAUCUUCCCUGCGCCAUCUUUGUAUUAUUUCUAAUUUAUUUUGGAUGUCAAAAGGCACUGAUGAAGAUAUUUUCUCUGGAGUCUCCUUCUUUCUAACCCAGCUCUCCCGAUGUGAACCGAGCCGUCGUCCGCCCGCCGCCGCCGCCGCCGCCGCCGCCCGCCCCGCAGCCCACCAUGUCUCGCCGCAAGCAAGGCAAACCCCAGCACUUAAGCAAACGGGAAUUCUCGCCCGAACCUCUUGAAGCCAUUCUUACAGAUGAUGAACCAGACCACGGUCCAUUGGGAGCUCCAGAAGGGGACCACGACCUCCUCACCUGUGGGCAGUGCCAGAUGAACUUCCCAUUGGGGGACAUUCUUAUUUUUAUCGAGCACAAACGGAAACAAUGCAAUGGCAGCCUCUGCUUAGAAAAAGCUGUGGAUAAGCCACCUUCCCCUUCACCAAUCGAGAUGAAAAAAGCAUCCAAUCCUGUGGAGGUUGGCAUCCAGGUCACGCCAGAGGAUGACGAUUGUUUAUCAACGUCAUCUAGAGGAAUUUGCCCCAAACAAGAACACAUAGCAGAUAAACUUCUGCACUGGAGGGGCCUCUCCUCCCCUCGGUCUGCGCAUGGAGCUCUAAUCCCCACGCCUGGGAUGAGUGCAGAAUAUGCCCCGCAGGGUAUUUGUAAAGAUGAGCCCAGCAGCUACACAUGUACAACUUGCAAACAGCCAUUCACCAGUGCAUGGUUUCUCUUGCAACACGCACAGAACACUCAUGGAUUAAGAAUCUACUUAGAAAGCGAACACGGAAGUCCCCUGACCCCGCGGGUUGGUAUCCCUUCAGGACUAGGUGCAGAAUGUCCUUCCCAGCCACCUCUCCAUGGGAUUCAUAUUGCAGACAAUAACCCCUUUAACCUGCUCAGAAUACCAGGAUCGGUAUCGAGAGAGGCUUCCGGCCUGGCCGAAGGGCGCUUUCCACCCACUCCCCCCCUGUUUAGUCCACCACCGAGACAUCACUUGGACCCCCACCGCAUAGAGCGCCUGGGGGCGGAAGAGAUGGCCCUGGCCACCCAUCACCCGAGUGCCUUUGACAGGGUGCUGCGGUUGAAUCCAAUGGCUAUGGAGCCUCCCGCCAUGGAUUUCUCUAGGAGACUUAGAGAGCUGGCAGGGAACACGUCUAGCCCACCGCUGUCCCCAGGCCGGCCCAGCCCUAUGCAAAGGUUACUGCAACCAUUCCAGCCAGGUAGCAAGCCGCCCUUCCUGGCGACGCCCCCCCUCCCUCCUCUGCAAUCCGCCCCUCCUCCCUCCCAGCCCCCGGUCAAGUCCAAGUCAUGCGAGUUCUGCGGCAAGACGUUCAAAUUUCAGAGCAACCUGGUGGUGCACCGGCGCAGCCACACGGGCGAGAAGCCCUACAAGUGCAACCUGUGUGACCACGCCUGCACCCAGGCCAGCAAGCUGAAGCGCCACAUGAAGACGCACAUGCACAAAUCGUCCCCCAUGACGGUCAAGUCCGACGACGGGCUCUCCACCGCCAGCUCCCCAGAACCCGGCACCAGCGACCUGGUGGGCAGCGCCAGCAGCGCGCUCAAGUCUGUGGUGGCCAAGUUCAAGAGCGAGAACGACCCCAACCUGAUCCCGGAGAACGGGGAUGAGGAGGAAGAGGAGGACGACGAGGAAGAGGAAGAAGAGGAGGAAGAGGAGGAGGAGGAGCUGACGGAAAGCGAGAGGGUGGACUACGGCUUCGGGCUGAGCCUGGAGGCGGCGCGCCACCACGAGAACAGCUCGCGCGGCGCGGUGGUGGGCGUGGGCGACGAGGGCCGCGCGCUGCCCGACGUCAUGCAGGGCAUGGUGCUCAGCUCCAUGCAGCACUUCAGCGAGGCCUUCCACCAGGUCCUGGGCGAGAAGCAUAAGCGCGGCCACCUGGCCGAGGCCGAGGGCCACAGGGACACUUGCGACGAAGACUCGGUGGCCGGCGAGUCGGACCGCAUAGACGAUGGCACUGUUAACGGCCGCGGCUGCUCCCCGGGCGAGUCGGCCUCGGGGGGCCUUUCCAAAAAGCUGCUGCUGGGCAGCCCCAGCUCGCUGAGCCCCUUCUCUAAGCGCAUCAAGCUGGAGAAGGAGUUCGACCUGCCCCCGGCUGCCAUGCCCAACACGGAGAACGUGUACUCGCAGUGGCUCGCCGGCUACGCGGCCUCCAGGCAGCUCAAAGAUCCCUUCCUUAGCUUCGGAGACUCCAGACAAUCGCCUUUUGCCUCCUCGUCGGAGCACUCCUCUGAGAACGGGAGCUUGCGCUUCUCCACGCCGCCCGGGGAGCUGGACGGAGGGAUCUCGGGGCGCAGCGGCACGGGAAGUGGAGGGAGCACGCCCCAUAUUAGUGGUCCGGGCCCGGGCAGGCCCAGCUCAAAAGAGGGCAGACGCAGCGACACUUGUGAGUACUGUGGGAAAGUCUUCAAGAACUGUAGCAAUCUCACUGUCCACAGGAGAAGCCACACGGGCGAAAGGCCUUAUAAAUGCGAGCUGUGCAACUAUGCCUGUGCCCAGAGUAGCAAGCUCACCAGGCACAUGAAAACGCAUGGCCAGGUUCUUCACACACCCCCAUUCGGCGUAGUACCCAGAGAGCUCAAGAUGUGUGGCAGUUUUCGGAUGGAAGCUCGAGAGCCCUUAAGUUCUGAGAAAAUUUGAAGCCCCCAGGGGCGGGGUGGACGCGUGCCGCCCAGCCGACGUCAGCGUGGUCUGUCAUCCGCUAGUUUGUGAUGUUUUCUGACAGUAGCCUCCAAGAAGCCGUUGUGUGAAGACAGAGUCCUGCAAGGUCCUUCCAGCCUGGGCCUGCAGUGCCAUUUUAUUUAUAUUUUUUAAUAAAAACUAAAAACAAAAAAACAGACCCACAUUGGAACAGUGAUUCAGUCCCAUAUAGAGGGCCUGUGGGCCAUCGCUGUCCUGAGUGAUGUCCCGGCCCUUCUGAAACCAGCCAACCUAAUUUACCCGUAUUGUGGAAAUGAGCAUGAGUCCCCAGCCCUUGUUUCUAUACAUUCUAUGUUGUCUUUUAAAAAGUGUGCUUAACAUUGACACAAUAAAUGUUGGAGCUUUA